AUGACACCACAACGGUCCAUAAAGCGACUUCUCGUCGCUAACAGAGGUGAAAUCGCCGUGCGCAUCCUUCAAGCCGUACGCGAAUUGUCCCCAUCGAUUGAAACAUUCGCGCUCUACACAUCAGAUGACCGGUCGCACUGCCAAAUCAGUCACCCACAUCAUGCACUAGAGAUCCCCUCCGCGGCAGCGUAUUUAGACAUCGCUCUACUAAUUGAUCUUGUGAAACGACAUUCCAUUGAUGCGGUACACCCAGGCUACGGAUUUCUGAGCGAAAGCGCAGAUUUUGCUCAGCGUAUGUGGCAGGAUGCUGACGCGGUUGUUAUUGGGCCUGGGUGGGAGACGCUCGCAAGGACGGGAGACAAGUUGCAGGCGAAAGACUUGGCAGAGCAAUGUGGUGUGCCAGUUUUAAGGGCGCUGACCAAUCCCACGGCUGAUUUGAAUGAGAUUAGGGCAUUUGUGAGGGAUGUUGGGUUUCCGGUCAUGAUCAAGGCUGUUGAUGGAGGCGGGGGCCGAGGGAUUCGGUUGGUGCGGAGUGACGAGGAGCUUGAUAAUGCUGUUGACCGUGCGAUUGGAGAGUCGCCGUCUCGAACGGUGUUUGUUGAGAAAGCUGCUGUGGAUGGAUUUCGCCAUGUUGAGGUUCAGGUGGUGGGUGAUGCGAUAGGUAAUGUUCGGCAUCUUUGGGAGAGGGAUUGCAGUAUUCAACGCCGGUUCCAGAAGGUUGUUGAGUGUGCGCCAAUUUUAUCAAAGAAGAGAGAUGUUAUUAGUUGGGUGAUUGAUGCAGCUUUGAUAAUUGCAAAGACAAUUCGCUACCAGUCCCUUGGGACUUUCGAAUUCUUGGUCAAUGACCAGCGCUCUGAAUUCUACUUCCUCGAGAUCAACCCACGACUUCAAGUCGAGCAUACUAUCACUGAGAAUAUCACCGGCGUUGAUCUGGUGCAAACACAGCUUUUGAUUGCCCAGGGUCAUUCUCUUUCUCAACUAGGACUGGACUACGUCGACCCCAAAGAUCCUCCUCCAAGAUCAUUUUCGAUCCAACUUCGACUAUGCGCGGAGGAUCCAAAUAACAACUUCUCUCUCGGGAUCGGAAAGGUCACGGACUUCUUCGUCCCUAGCGGCCAUGGAAUUCGAGUUGACACCCAUAUGGACACUGGUUCUUCACCUUUGAUCGUGGGUUCGAACUUCGAUAACCUCCUGGCAAAGAUCACCAUCACUGCAUCGAGCUGGGAAGCAACUGUCGGGAAAGUGCAACGCGUAUUAGCAGACACGAGGAUUACAGGCGUCACCACAAACUUCAACCUCUUGCGGGGGAUUGUGGCUCAUGAUGAUUUUAUGGCCGGAGCAAUUGACACACAAUGGCUGGAAUCGAAUCUGGGACAAACCAUUAAGCUGGGUGAAACGGUAUCUGCAUCCUUGCGGAAAGAGCGUUCACCAUUUCCCCCAGCAGGCCAGGGCAUUCCCAUGCCAUCAUCAAACCUUUUAUUCCGAAAAGGCGAUGCAUGGUCCAUCAUCCUCGAACCUAUCCAGAACGGUUCUUCACAGGAAGAGCAACAAUCGCGACAUCACCUACAACUUUCACGUGUUCUACGCAAUGAAUUCCCAUCCUCUUUUACGGCGGAGAUUGAAUACACAAGUUCGGCAUCCCAAGCUGCUGUUCUGUACCGUAUGCAACUAGAAUCGACCUCGACCUCAGCAUCAGCUCUUGUCUCCUCGUCCCAUCGACGCGGGGAUCCCAGAAAUCCAGCGCAUAUAGUCCUUCCGCUAUCAGGCAAGUUGAUUGAGAUCCUAGUAUCCGAGGGAGACCAUAUCGCAAACGGUCAGGUUAUCGCUUUCGUAAAGCAGAUGAAAAUGGAGCUUGAAGUUCGGAGUCCGCGUGCUGGAACGGUGAAAUGGGCGUUUGAGAUGGAAGAGGACGAGGAAGACGUGGCCGAGGGGGUGCUGUUAGCGGAAUUGGAAGAGGCUGAACUAGGACCUGUCGACAUCCGGGGGAAGUUGUAGCGUCUUUUUGAGCUUUGACACUGUUGAAUCGAACUGAAC